ACAAUUCAGUAUGCUUCAUGAUGUCAGUCGGUGUAGUCUGUCGAUACUUUAUAAAAGACACGUUCUAUUGUUCACAGACAAAAUAAUGUUCUUUAAUGUUUAAAAUUAAUUACGAAUUUCAAAUUUGUACAUAAAUUAAGGUAUUUAGGUAAAUAUGUGAAGAAAUGGCUGUUGAAUUAUGUUUAUCAACACGUUUAACAGAACUUCUCGGUGAUCGUUUGCUAUACGGUUCAGAGACAGUGGAGCUAAAUGAGUUGACAUUUAAUGAGUCUUUAAUCGCAUUGUAUUUCGUCCCAUUAGGCAGUGAAACUGUCACAACCGACGACCGGGCUCUACGUGAUCUAUAUAAAACUGUAAACGAGAAUGAGAAGACACUGAAUAUUAUACAGAUUUGUUAUCCAGACUUAUCUGAUGACCGCAAAUAUUUUGAUGAAUUAACCAAUGAUGUACCAUGGUAUUCAGUUCUUUAUGAACACGCGGAAAAGAGAAUUCGUCUGAGACACAAAUAUCAUGUUGGGAAUGCAGAAACUUUGUUAAUUUUGAAUGAUAGCUUUUUAGAAAAAAUUCAUACUCGAAAUGGUCUUAAACUUUUGUCUUGUAGUGGAAAAAGUUUUCCGUGGACGAAUUUAUGGAAUGAAACAAUUUGUCAAGAAGCUUUGAAACUCUCCUCUUCGAAUGAAUCCAAUAAGACUAUUUAUGGUCUAUAUUUUUCUGCGCAUUGGUGUCCACCAUGCAAAGCGUUUAUUCCACAACUCAUUCAUGCUUACGAUAGUAUAAGAAAAAGAUUCCAGUUCGAGAUCAUUUUUGUCAGUUCUGACAGAAGUGAACAGUCUUAUAAUUCUCAUGCAUCAUCAAUGCCUUGGCCUUCUGUUCCAUACUCAAAUACUAUUUUACGACAAAAUUUAACUGAAUGUUUUAACGUUCGUGGUAUUCCUUACCUAGUAUUAAUUGAUUACAAUGGAAAUAUCAUCACAGAAAAUGGUCGCGCGGAAAUUACGGAAGACCCUGAUGGAUUGUAUUUCCCAUGGAGAAGACGAUUUGUUUAUUCACUUUCCUCAAGAUUAUUGCCAAAACUUCAGAGGUUCCCAGCUGUCGUGUUAUUUAUUGAAGGAGACCAAGAAGAAGAAUUAGAAUUGGCCGAAGGUGUUUUGUUACCUGUAGCACAACAAAUUGCAAAGACCCGGUCAAACGCAUUAUAUGAUCUUUUAUUCUUUAUAGCGCCUGACGAUUGCACAUCAGAUACUUUAAGACAGUUCACAAGAUUGACUGAUGACACAGCUCCGUUGUUAACCCUAAUAGAUAUACCAAUGGCGAGAAUUUCAGUAAUGGAAUAUGGGAUUCAUAUUACAGAAAAAUCUAUAAUGAAUUUCGUUCUGGGAUUUUUUGAUGGAACAAUGAAAUUUACACCAAUACUUUAAACAUUUAUAUAAAUAUAAACCUGUUUAUUAUAUUAUACAAUUUUAUAGAAACUUUAUAAA